AUGGGAUUGCUCGAUCUCGAGAAGCACUUCGCCUUCUACGGUGCUUACCACAGCAACCCAAUCAACAUCGUAAUCCACAUCUGCUUGGAUAAGAAAUCUGGGUUCGUUGCGGCUCUCAUGUGUUUCGCUUGCUGGGUCGGUUCCAGUGUCUUCGCUGAUCGAUUAGGACCUUCUCUUGCCUGUAGUGAAGAGAGUGGAUUUGAGGAAACCCACAUCGUGGAAUCAGUUUCAUGGGAUGAUCUUGAGAGAAACGCUGCUAGUAAAACCGGUGGUUCUUCUGAAAGACAUCACUCCUGGAGAUCUCACCAGCACGACUCUUCUAGAAAAGAUGACGAAUCACCUGGAAACUUGUACGAACUGUGGAGGCAAGAACAGAAUAUCAUAGCUGCAAGACUAGACAAGGAGCUUAAAUCCAGGUGGGAGCUUGAUGAGCUGAUUGAAGAACAGCUGAGCAGAUACCAGUCGCAUUACUUCAAGACCAUGGUUUCAACCUCCUUGAAGGAUGUCUCUAACCUUCUCAUGCCCACCUGGAUACCGCCUCAUGAGCUGGCUGCUGUGUCCUGGCUUGGAUACCGCCUCAUGAGCUGACUCAGGUAUAAAGUGUUGGAACUGGUGAUGAAGAAGCUGCUGAAUCAAACAGAUACAGCAGAGUUUGUGGUCGCAUUUGCAGGGAUUCAAGACGCCAUCCACCAGUUCUUGGAAAUUCUGUCUUCUUAGCAACUCAUAUUGUCCAUGUACAACAGUAUGAAACCUGAAACUAACAGUUUCGCUGACCAUGUCUUGAUAUAGUCAUUGGUAUUAACUCUUUAUAAGCUAUGCAAUAUUGAUCGAUGUUAUGAACAAACCAUUUAUAUUUUUCAUUUCCGAGUGUAUUGUGUUUCUCUUUA